AUGGCGGCACAUCUCCCUAUUGAUUAUCAACAGCUAAGCGAUGCCCUUCAGACCUUCUUUCAAGAACAUCCAGAGGUGGAUGGCAAUGUUGGAAUAGAAGCUUAUGCACUUCUUCAACGGGCACAACAUGGCCUUAUUCAGUAUGCAACGGAUUUACAGGAGGUGGAAAGGGAGGCUGGAAAUGCAAGGGAAAUGUUUGAGCGAGAUCUAGCUGCUGCCAGUGGCCACCGAGUUGCUGUUGAAGUGGUUGCCCCUGAUGAAGAACCAAUCGGAGAAGACAAUGUCCCACCAGUACCUCCAGUUCCACCUGUUCCAGUGGUUACCCAACGGUCGGAAAAACUCCCAGACCCUGAAGUGUUUAGGGGAGAUCGCGAUCGAGAAAGACUACACCUAUUCAAGCAACAGAUGAGGAUCAAGUUAUUGGGAAAUGCCGAUCGCUUCCCCACACUACAGUCUAAGUUAUCCUAUGCAUUCAGUCGACUGGAGGGUGUUGCCGCUAACCAGUUCUUACAAUAUGUCGGAGAAGAAGGCAUCGCUUUGCCUUCCAUGUUACGGUUUUAUGAAAUCUUGGAUACUGCUUUCGGUGUAACGGGGGUGCCUUGA